AUCAAAUCUUAAAUGUGACAAAAAAGUAAACCCAGCUUGUAAGAAAUAUUAAUUUUUUCCAAUAAAAUACUAAUAAGGAAAUUUAUAUAUCGGGAUUACAAGAGGUCAUACUUUUGCAGUACUUGGCAAAUUAUUUCCAUUCUGGAUUCCCAAAAGAGGACAUACUUAGAUAUCUACAAGAUGGAUCUGGCGGAGACGAUGAAGAAUGUGUUAGCGAAGAGUAGUGGAAAUGCCACUAGUACGGCAAGCGGAUCCAGCGCGACAGCCCCGCACGGCGCGGAGGGAUAUGUCACAGAAAAGCUUUACAUGCUAUUGCAACUAUAUUUACAAAAUAAGGGCUGGAGUCCCAGUAUAGAGCUACUUCAAUGUUUCAGCGAUCUCAAAGAGUCUUCCAUGCUUCCAAGUGCAACUUAUUUACAAAUGAUGGCAUCAAGGGUUGGUUUAGAUGCUCAAGGACGUCUGAUAUAUCGUGAAAAUGGUAAAAUAAUUUUACCUUAUGAACAUUUUGCAAAUGCUGUUAUGUUGAAACACAUGAAUGGUCCCCAUGGCCUACAUUUGGGAUUAGAGGCAACUGUCAGAGCUGUGGUUGAAUCUUAUACAAUUGGUAGAGAACAAUUUGGUAUGGAGAAAGAGUUUAUAGUAGAAGUUGUUCAAAAUUGUCCAAACCCAGCUUGUCGCUAUUACAAGAACCAGUUAGAAAUGACACAGAAAUCUAUACAACAGCACUUAUCUCAACAACCAACAUACAUACCAGAUGCAGGCAGUUCCAAUUUAUCAGACAGUCAAGCAGUAGAGCGUCUACUCCGUGGUGCAGCACUGCCACAAGACUAUCAGCUGCCACUUGCACCACAUCUAGCUGCUCUCAGUGAGUUGUUAACAAAUUUAGCCGGUGACAAAACAGAUCGUCGUGCGACUGAUAAACUCUCACAGCAUCAGCAAAUGUUACUCCACCAAAAUCGUUCCAUGAGUCACCAGUCAAUUGAUAAAUACUCACAGAGGUCAUCUUCACAAACUUCUUUGGACACCAAGUCUAAACACCACUACACUGAUGAUCACAAAUUGACUGAUUUCCUAAGAGCGAAUCUCGAAAGCCUGGAGUCUCUAUCGGGAGGGUCAAGUGGGUCAGGCGGUCAGGAACGCGUAGUGCGUGCGUUCGCAGAGUUGGCCCGUAAUUUGCAGCGUAUGCGGCCUUGUGUACGGCCAGCUAUGUGCAAACCAUAUGGGAAACAGAGCGAGCAACUGCAGAAAAUCCUGUUGGAUACAAUUCAGUUGGUCCAGUCGCUUCGUAGCUAUCUGCCUCCGCCGCACAUACAAGUCACGUCGUGGAAGAACGAUGAUAAAUUGCGUUCAAAUAAUAUGGAUGACUUGGAGAGCCGUAAGAUAGUUAGCGGUAACUAGCACUGUGCCUCGGACUGAGAGCAUGACAGAAAGGUAUUAUUUUAUAUGAAAAAUUAUUCUGUUUAUAUAAGUUGGAGUACUUAUUAAAACAAUUAUAUUCAACUAUUCCGCUAAUUUUUAUACUUUGGUACAUUUUUAAGAUCUAUUCUCUUGUUUUAAUAAUUAUGUUAUUAUAAUUGAAAUAUUUAUUUUUAUAUCCAAGAUUUUAUGAAGUAUUAAGUCACAUUGAACCAGUAACAACAUUUAGCGUUAUAUGGGAUUGACAAAUCUUGAUACUAGUUGUAAUGUUUUUGUAUCGGUUUGCGUUAUGUAUUAAUCUCCAUCAAUGAUUUUUUUUGCGAUUUUAUAAUAUAUCUUCGUCUCUAUAUGUUCAGGCGUGUCCAUGUUAUCGAAAGUAAAAUAAGUUUAUAUUAUGUUCAUUUUUGUCUUAUACAGUGUGCAAUACAAACAUUUUUUUUAUGCAACAGUAUUAACAAUUUUUUCUCUUAAAGUCGGCAUUAUUGGUUUAAUUUCUGACAGUUUUAAUUAACUUACCAAUCAUUAAAAAAUGUAUUUAUUAAAAUUUAUUAUUAUAUUUAUUUAUCCUUGCAGACUAUGCCAAUACAAUACUGUCAAGAAAAUAAAGUAUAUAAUUAAUUUACAUAAUAUCCACAAUAUCGCUGAUGUAAAUUCACAUUCACAUAAAUAGGUCGAUAUUGUCGGUAAAAUUAAAUAUUUUACAUUUAAUCGAGUAACUGGUGAGUAGAAUCCAGAGAUACUAGGUUAGGAUCCCGAGGAAAUAAAUGGCUUUGGAAGCUGAUGAACUUUUAAGUAAUUACAAAACGCGAGAUUCGAACAUUUCACAAGGCUUUUGAUACACAUAAUACACACAUAUUUUGUGUCAUACCUAUAAUUUACGCAAGUAUCACAUACAUUUUUCCGGAUGCCUUUAAAUAAUUAAUUACAUUAUGUAUUUUUAAGUUUAUGUAUAGUUGUUGUAUUGCGUUAGGAUUGUCUCAUUGAAGUAAGUCUUAAGUGCAUUAUUUACACUGUGAUAGAAGUGUAAUAGACAUAGUUAGACUCUAAUUAUAUAAGAUUAUUUAUCGCAUAUAGUAUUUGUACGACAAUGGAAAUCAUUGGUUUGGAAAAAAAAAUCAAAAAUAUAAAAACUUUUCGUCCAGUUGUUUUGAAUGAUGACGUCAAAUAUACAUAUUUGCCUCGUUCAUAAUUUUAAAAUAACUUGUCUAACAUCACGUCAAAGUAAUGAAGUUAAUUCAAUAAGAAAUCUCGAGAAAAAAAAAUGUCUGCUUUUAAUAUAAAAAUAUACAGUUUGUAUUGGAGAGUGUUAAUGGAAUUUAGGAGGUGUUUUACAUCUUUCUUUAGGACACGUUUAUAUAGAAAGAUAGACCUAAAUGAUUUCAUAUGAAAAAUAUAGCGCUCCUGGUGCGUAGUCGCAAGAUUGUAUUGUAAAGAAACACGAAGAUCAUUAAUUAUAAUUUUUUUUUGUGUUUCUUCUGAGAUUUGGUAAUCUGGUAUGAAAUUUACAGCAAGAGUUAAAUAGACCUGUUAAAAAAAUUUGAUUAAAAACUUGUAUCAUAGAUUACGCACAACAAUUGAGAUAAUGUAAAAACUUCAAACAAUAAUUUUAAAAAAAUUGUGAGUUUUUCUGUAUUUGUAGUUUAAUAAUACAAUUCACAAAACACCUCCUUUGUAAUGCAGCGCCAUCUCUUGUCUCGUGUUAGAUUAGUAUUGAAGACUGCAAGUAACUUGUGUAGGCUAACGCUUGUAUAGCAUAGUUCUAUUGUCUAUCGUAUUUUCUUAUAUUAAGUUUUACGGGAUUUUCAUCCGUACUCAGAGUCGUUUUGUUUAACAGUACACUGAUGUUCGGGUUUCUUUAAAAUAUUUUCAGCUUCUGAAUGUCACAUUUUUAAUCUUUUAUUGAUUAAUAAAUGGUUAAUCAACUAUAUAAGUAAAGAAACAACUCAGCGCGUUGAGACUCGUAUUCGAAUCUUCCUGAAUUAUUUUUUAUGUUUGUUAAACCUAUUUUACUGCAAAUUGGCAGAAAGUGGUUGUAAUUUAAAAAUUCUAAACAUCAUUUUGAUUUCUUAUUUAUAGAUUAGUAUUUAUAUUGAACGCUUUUCUUCCAAAACAUCACGUAACUGCAAAAUUUCGUGAAAAUUAAAGUGCAAUAAUUGGGGCAUAGCCUGUUUUGUAUUAGGUAAGUUGUAUAGAUAGGCCAAACUAUAUUUAUAUACAUUAUAUAUAAUGACAAAUUAUAGAAAUAUCUAAAAUUUCUAGUAAAAUCCAUACAUGCAAUGAUUUGCGUAAUGAUUGACGUAAUUUCUGUUUCUUUUUUUUUAGCCGUAGUAGAUUCUGACUACUUCAGAGUAGAUUUUUUAUAUAAUACAAUUUACCACACAUUUAUUAAGGGUUAUAAAAUUGGAGCAAAUAAUUAAACAUUUAAUAAAAUAUAGUUUGGCGCUAUCUUUAUAGAGGUUGUAAUGUAAGGAUUGAUUGAUUUGACAUCACACUGACUUUGGUAGAGUUUUAGUCGAGACAGAGUAAAGUAUUACUCUUGUACCUUGGAGUAACAGUUUGCGUUUAGUCUCGACUCCUUUACCAUAAGUUAUAUAGAAGUUAGUAUAAUCGCAUCUUAAUAGGAGGCUAUCGUCAAUAGACCUAAGUUUCACUAAUUACUCGAAAUAAGUAUUAAAUCCUAUGCGAAUCUCUUGUAUUAAUGUAUUUCUAGUCAAAAUUAAUUUCAGCGGUGGCAGUUGGAACAUAUCGGUUUUAUACAAAAUAGAUUUUGUAAUCUCGCACAAUUUCUUUAUAGCUAUAAUUUUCAGUUGUUUUUGUAUAUUCUUAUAGUUGAGCUUUAGUAUAUUUCGUUAUUUGCUUAAAAUGUAUUCACUAUAUACAAAUGUAGUUGUAGUGAUUAAUCUCGAUGUAAGCAUUUUCUUUCGGUAUUUUUACAAUCUGGGCAUCUUAAAACUGUGAUAAAAUUAGAAUGUUUUUGGCUUUAUUUUUAGUCUGAUUUUCAAAAUUUAUGUAUAGGGUCUGAUACACACUUGUACUGAACACUGGAAUAUUCCUUGUUUUGCACCAAUAGCUAAUACAUUUAGUAAUUUUUAUUUAAAGUCGGAGAAUCUUUAAACCCAGUGAUUGUGCUAAUUUAGUUGAUAAUGUAAUUUUAUGCGUAUUCUGAACAUUUUGUGAGAUGAAUACAGUUCUUUGUACAAGUGUGUGUGGGCAAUGUCAUGUAUAGAUGUAACUAAUUGUAUUGUAAUCGGCCUUGCCAUGUAAUUUACGUAUAAAUUUUAAAGUAACGGAGACAGUGCUUAAAAUAAAUCAAUUGAU